AAACCCUCCACUAUCCCUGCAACGUUCCCGCCACCAUUUCUCCCGCCAAAAUCUUUCUCACUCCAAAAUCCCCAUUUCUUGCCUUUCUACUCUUUCUUCCUCUCUCUAAACGCGCACACGGAAAGGGGAACAAGAAAAUAUCAAUGGAAGAAACUCUGCAAAUCAUCUCCAAGAAACGAAGGAGGUCAUCUUCAUCUUCUUCAAGCCAUCCUUUGAUGGGUAUCUUCACCCGCAGCAAAUCCAAGAUCUAUCUUCAUUGCAAUCGCUCUGGCCGAGCACGCUCCGAUUCAUCUCGCAUCAAUAAACAGAACCCAGUUGGUCUCCAAUCGAAGGAAAAGAAGCCCAGACAGAAAGAUUCUAGUGACAUAGGCGAGUGGUCUUGUGUUGUUAUCAAAGAUCUUCGCGCCAGACGGGUUUUCUCUCUUGCGGAUAAUGAUUGCAGGUUAUGUGAUGAUGAAGAAGAGAGAAAGGAGUCUGAGAAAAGGAGUGGGGAGUUUUCUAGUUUUGAUUCCAUUGAUAAAGAAGAUACAGGUGGGAAAUGUUCUGAUGGCAGAAAAGUGGAAGAAAACCGGGAUAUCAUGGAACCAGUUGUGGAGUAUAGUAUUGCUACUUCAUGCGAGACUGAAGGGGAUGUGAGAAAUGAUGUGUUGAUUGAUGAGCAAUGUUUACAGGCAACACCACCAGAUUCUGAGAUGCUUCUUCAUAUGGGUACCAUGGAAUGUGUAUCUGCCAACCUAUCAACUGAAAACCUUGGCAAGAGUGAGGCUCUUCAAGACCAGAAAAUUGCAAACAGUACAGCACCUAAGUCUGUUCCUAAUCCGUGGUCGAGGGUUAGAGUGUUCAAAGCUCCAGGCUCACUCAGCUAUAGAAAAUUGCUUCCAUAUCUCAUGGAUAUGAUCCAUGAAUAUGAUAAUUCUUGUUCUCCCAAAAAGGGCAAAUUCCCAAACAUUACGAGCCAACAAGAAGUAUCAGUAGAUAAACAGGUUCUUGCAGAUGGUAGUGGUACUGAUUCAUCAAUGCUAUUUGGUUCACAAAAGGAUAAUUCUAAGAGGGUUGAUUCCACUACCUUAUUCAAUGAUCAAUGUCGUUCAAAAGAUAAUGCAAAUGUAAAAAUUGGGAUGAGAGUUGCUUGUAAAGAUAAGGAUUUCGAAAGCUCAACCCCGGAGUGUUAUUCAGUGGUUGAUAGUUCUCAGGUCAAUGGAUAUUCUAAUAAUACAAAACCACUGGAUUAUGGAGAGAGCAAAGGAGGUGUUAGUCACCUUCCUUGCAUUGUUGAAGAUGCAAAUGAAGAGUCUAUUCAGAUGACGACACCACCAGAUGCUGACAUUUCUGGUAAAGCUGUGGUAUAUCAGAAUAUAGAUGACAGAAUCAAACUCGUCUCACCAAAUGCUGAUCAAGUUCUUAGGAAGCCACUGAAUGCAAGUGACAAAAGAACCGACUCCAGCUAUAAAAUGAAAUGGGGUUUGAAUCCAUGCUCACAACUCAAGCUGUUUAAGACAAGAAGCUCCUUCAACUAUAGAAGAAUGCUUCCUUAUCUGAUGGAUAUUGCUAAAGAUAAUUCUGGUGAUUCCAGAAAUGGGAACUGCCCAAAACUUGAGAAGAGUUCACAAGAAAAUUUAGUCCCACCAGCAUCGGUGUUUGAUCAUAGUGACAGCCCAGUAGAGAAAUUACAUGACACAAGUUGUCAUAUGGAGUAUGACACUGAUCCAUGUAGUCUGCAAAUGUCUUCAUUGCCAGAUAACAAUCAUCCAUCUAAUAGCAAUCAACUUAAUUUAAUUCCUUCUGAUGACAACACUGAUAUUCCAGAAUCUGUUGGUUUACUAGAAAAACAAGAAUCACAAGUCAUUGUGGAUACGUCAGAUAAUAAAGAUGGACAUUCAGAUAGUGACCCUGGCACUGUAAAUUUGGUUAAUGGAAGUUCAGUCGCCAUGGCUACAUGUUCUUCUCUUGUUAAUCCUCCAUCUGUCUCUGGAAAAUUCUUCGACUCAGUUUCACAAGAAUUACCUGCCAAGAAUGAUAAGUGUAGAACAUCAGUAGGACUAUUUACUAAUGCUGCAGAGCCGGUUGAAGGAGGCAACUUUUCUGAAAACUCAUCCAAGCUUGAAGCAUCUGAUCCUUGGCGAAAUUCUGCCAAUGGUUCGGCAAAGAGUAUUCUUAAAAGACAUCCAAGAGGAUGCAGAGGACUUUGUACUUGUUUAGACUGUGCUUCCUUCCGCCUCCAUGCAGAGAGGGCAUUUGAGUUCUCCAAAAACCAGAUGCAGGAUGCUGAAGAAGUUGCCCUGGAUUUGAUCAAGGAACUGUCUCACGUACGCAAUAUGCUUGAGAAUGCUGCAUCUGAUUCCAAUGAUCAUCUUGUUAUAUGCAACAAUGGGGUGAAAGAGGCUUGCAGGAAAUUAUCUGAAGCAGAAGAACUAGCAAAAAGUCGCCUCAUCCAAAUGAAUUAUGAUCUUAACAUUCAUUGCAGAAUCUCAGUUGGAGAGCGACCAAGAGUGAGAUUUGCCAACAAUGUCGAAAAAAGAAUAUUUCAUGGGUGAAUUCCAAGGACAAUUCUGAAGUAUAAGAAUGCAUAGGGAGAAAAUCACUAGACUAGACCCUUUAUGUGAUCAUAACUAGUUACUUCAUGAUUGUGCUUGUGUCUCAGGGAUAAAAUCCAACAUCCACAAUGAAUCAUGCAUGUGUCCUUAUCAGAAUGGUCUCAGUGUAAAUGCAAAGAUGUUACUGGAGUUGCAUCGUAGAACAUGAGCUUGUAAGCAUAUUUUUAUUUAUGGAAACACAAUAAAACAGUGAAUCUGUGUUUUAGAUUUA